UUGGCGCACGGGCCCGUGACGUCAGUGCGAAGCGCCGCACUGCAGUUUGUAAAGUUUGCCGUGUCGCCAGCGGACCGAUGGACAGAAGUGCGUCUGUGUCCCGGUAAACGACCGAACACCAGAUGGAUGACAUCAAUGUACUACACCACAGAUGCCUCCUGAAUCUAAGGCGUCGAAUCAGAGAUAUUGGGGAUGGGCGCCCGGCACAGGAGCGAUACAUGAGGCUGCAGAAAGACGGAGACGCACUCAGUUACCAAGGGAACUCUGAAGAAGUGGGUUGCUAUGUGGCUGGCCAUCCUCUAUCAAAGGGAAACUGUUACUUCGAGGUGACGAUAGUGGACACAGGGGUGAGGGGAACCAUUGCUGUGGGCCUGGUGCCUAAAUUCUACAGGCUGGACCACCAGCCUGGCUGGCUGCCAUACUCUGUAGCUUACCACGCUGACAACGGCAAACUGUACAAUGGAAACCCUGUGGGGCAGCAGUUUGGACCAAAAUGUGCCCGAGGUGACCGCGUUGGCUGUGGAAUACACUCCGAAAAUACAGAAGCAGGUUUUUCAACAGUCUUUUUCACCAAAAACGGCAAAGAGGUGGGUUCAGUGGAGGUUCCUGUGUUGGCUGAGGGGCUGUUCCCCGCGGUAGGGAUGCACUCCAUGGGGGAGGAGGUGAAGGUUGACCUGCAGGCUGAGUGGUUCCUGGAGGAGGAUGAGAGUAUGAUGAUGGUUGACAGCCAUGAAGACGACUGGGGUCGGCUUUACGACGUCAGGGUGAGCGGAACGCUCUUGGAGUAUGUUGGCAAAGGAAAGAGCAUCAUGGACGUGGGUUUGGCCCAGGCCCGUCAGCCCCUGACCACCCGCUGCCACUAUUAUGAAGUAGAGAUCGUUGAUGCCGGGGAGAAGUGCUACAUUGCCCUGGGUUUGGCACGAAGGGACUACCCCAGGAACAGACACCCGGGCUGGAGCCGAGGGUCGGUGGCCUACCAUGCAGACGAUGGGAAGAUCUUUCAUGGCAGCGGGGUCGGCGACGCUUUCGGCCCUCGCUGCUUCAAAGGCGACAUCAUGGGCUGCGGCAUCAUGUUCCCACGGGACUACAUCCUGGACGGAGAAGGUGACAUGGACGACUGGGAUCGGCCGGAGGUCCGUCCGGGUCCUGCAGGCGUCCAGAACGUCCUGUACCUCAACGAAGAAGAGGAGGAGGAGGAGGAGGAGGAGGAAGAAGAAGACGGGGAGGAGGUAGAGCAGGGACAGGAGGGAAGGAAGGUCACGGUGUUCUUCACAAGGAACGGGAAGCUGAUGGGCCGGAGGGAGAUGCUGGUUCCCCCUGGUGGCCUCUAUCCCACCGUGGGGAUGCUGAGCAGCGGCGAGAAGGUGAAGGUGGAUCUGCAUCCUCUCAGCGGCUGAGCUCAGGGUCGGGACUCGGACUCGUGACGCCCUGCAAACAGCUGGCUGCGCUGUAGAGCUCACCCCCCGGUAGCCUAGCAUGCUGCUAACACUCACCAGAACACACGCAGAUCAGCUGCACACAUGCACGUCGCUCCCCCCCCCGGCUUUUAUUUAUAUAAGAAACACACAAUCAUAAGCAGGAGCACAACCGGGGCCCCCUCCUGGUUGUGUAGUAGCAGAGAUCCCGGGUGACCGUGAGUCCAGGAGCAGGCGACUCCUGACAGACGUUGAACUGUUGAUUCUAUGCAACCUGCUCUGCUGUCGUCCUCUCACCUCGUCCUGCAUGAAGCUCGUCUCUGAAACACUGAGCUGUUCCAUCCUGCUCCUGAGGGCUGGCUCACGUCUUCUGUUUAGCUUGUCACGACCCCAAAGCAAAGCAGAGCGAGGCCAACAGUUGUGCCGAGUCAGAGCUCGUUGGCACUUUAUGUUUCAGGUGACAGAGCCUCCCUCCCUCCCUCCCUCCCUCAGCCUGGCCCCUCUCCUCUCUCUGGGUGACGCUGCCCCCCGGUGAGCGAUCAGGGAGCUGCUGCUCUGGAUCCGUUUCAUCUUAUAUCACAAACCAAACAUGAGAUUCUGCUCCUGAGCAGCGUCCGAUCAGACGUUUCCUAAGAGCGGAUCAAUAGAUUUGUGAGUAUUUUUCUAGUCUCGUGUUGGAAACGAUCAAACGAACACAUCAGGAAUAUUUUCUACAAGGAAUCUGCAAAAUACGCAUUUAAAUUUAUCUUCUACGUCAAAGGUUCAGGGAGCGUGUUUUGAUUUUUGCACUUUGACUAUGUGACGUGGACGGUGGGGAGACGUGCAAAACAGUGGGUGGACAAGAUAACAGACAACUUCCAGUAUGAUACAGUCCAAUGCAUCAGAGCCAUAUCAGGACCCCCCCCCCCCCGGUAUCUGUCCUGAGGGAUCUGAACACAAGUGGUGAGCGUUCGUCCAUUCGCACCUUUAAAACAUGUAAUGUCCUGGAUGCGUCUCCUGUGAAGUCGUUUGAUCAGAUCUCACAAAUAAUGUUUUUAUCCUGUCAGAGUUUCCAGAUGUGUGUGUGUGUGUGUGUGUUGGCAUGAAGGAGAGAGAGUGAAUCAUUGUGCUGCUAUGAAGAAGGAAGUUACUAUUUUAAAAGAAUAAAACGCCUCCGAUCUCAGGACGAGUUUGGGUCGAUCACACUUGACGUUCAGGACCAAACGCUCGUGAUCAGUUCCCUCAGGACAGAAGUUUCCUCGGUUAUCAACUCACGACCCUGAAAGUCUAAUCGACCUUCACCAGAGUCCGAGCUGUUGAACUGGAUCAUACUGUCACUGUUGCUUUGACACGUAGACGGUUUUACUCUUUUUCCAUUUUCUCCCCGUUUCACCUGUAAAGUUAGAAUAAUGUCGUGUUUGGCUGGUAAGUUAAAAGAUUGUCUCUUGUCUUGUGUUUGAUUAAAGGGAACGAUUUUAAUGUAUCAGCUGAAUGGGUUAACCAAAACCUUCAUCAAGUCUCUCACGGUUAUCUGUGUGUGUCUGUUUCUGUGUAGUUUAAUCACACGUUCCUCUGGGGGCACACAGCAGGUUCUUGUAGUGGUUUCGUUUUGCAUGUAGACCAACGAGGAUCCUUCAGACAGUAACACUAACAUGCUGUAUAAUCACGACACAGGGUUUAACUGUUGAAUCACAAAUCUGCUGGAGAUUGUACGUUUGUUUUUAGCUGUUGUGCGUUUGAUUUCGAGCCAUCGGUGAAAUGUGUAAGAAUUGUGUAAAUCAGUGUGUUGUUGUCCUGCAGGGCUGGAUAGAGACUCGUGUACACGUCUGAACUGUAAAACUGAAGCUAGACAGUGCAAAGAUAUUAAUGUGACACUGAUGUGGACGUUUCCUCCACAUCGACGUUCAGGGUAUUAAAGUCACUCGUAUUUAAGUUUACUCAGAAUCUCAGUUUACAAAAGAAAUGACGUUUCAACCAAAUUAGAGCAAAAUCUGGUUAAAAAUCUUUGUAGCAUCUCUUAGCCUCCUCAGUCCUGUAAUAAUAAUAAUAAUAAUCUCUGGCCUUGUUGACAUUGCACUAUAACGGCCUUGUUCACUUCAUGUUUGAUCAUCAAUAAAGGUUCAGUGAAGUAA